GGUAAAAGUAAAAGAAUUUUACUUUUUUGAUUUCUCUUGUUAAGACGAAUCAAUAACCCACAAAAGUUUGCCGCAAAACUAACAAAUGCGAAAAAAAUUCAAAUAAGUACAAAACUUCAGAAUUUAAGUUAAGUUUAAGUUAAGGUCACAAGAACACAGCCUGAAAAGCAAACAUGUGCUGAGGACAGACUGUCCUCACUCGAAAAAGCCUAGGCUUCAAACGAAGUUGAGGGGAAUUUAAGAUUGAUUGGAUUGGAAGCAAGGAAUUUCAGCCCACUCUUUAAUUGAUUCCAUUUCCCAUGCUACAAAUAGGGAAUACCAGAUUACAACAAGAAAACGCAAGCUCUCUCUCCUGCGUAUAUUCUCUAUACAUUACAACUGCAAAUUCCCUAGCUAGACCUGCCCGCUACGAAUGGGCAAGUUUGCAGGAUCGGGGAGGACUUCAACAGUUCCGAAGACUACUUCAGGAUCGGAGAGGACUUCAACAGUACCGAAGACUACUUCGAAACAGCAACUUUUCAAGAGUCAUCACCAAAGCAUGUUCGCGGCAUCCAGUCGCAGCGAUUUGAUGUUGAGGCAGAUUAAGAUUACCCAUAAUCCCGCGGGCCUUGAAGUCGAUGUCAGACCCAUUCUCUACUAUGUCGAGGAUAUCUUCAGUCGUAUCACUAUGGCCGUCCGUAGCAACAUACCAGGCGUCCACGGACAUGCACAGAAGACGGAGGACAAAGCUCUACACGCCGGUUACAUUAUGCUUCAUGCGCUAUCAGAAAUGAUCACAAGAAUUUCCUCCGAGAUAGCAUUCAAGUGUGAGGUUGGUGAAGACAGACACCAAACAACAUUCUCUCUACUAAACAUGUUAUCAAUCUACCCAUGGGAAGCUAAGUUGGUGCUAACCCUAGCAGCCUUCGCAGUACACUACGGCAAGUUCUGGCUCCUAGCACCACAAAGCUACCCGUCAAAGCAGCUCCCUAUUCCGAUGGGUAAUUCCCUCAAGCAACUAAAGUACUUCCGCCCAUUGAAACCGGACGUCGUUGAAGCCCUUAACAAUCUCUUUGGGGCCAUGUUGGACUUGACUAGGUGCAUGGUUGCAUUCAAGGAGCUACCUUCUGCGUAUGUUGCUAAUGAUGUUCCGGCGUUCACUGCAGCUAAGGAUACUACUCCAACUGUUGUUUAUUGGACACUGAGAGGAGUCGUGGUUUGCAUGGCUCAGAUCAGUGGGCUCAGUAGCACAGGCUAUGAGGACCCAAAUAGCUUCGCUCAAAUGCUCAACAAAUGUCAUGAGCAUCUUAAGGAGCAAUUGGAUAUUUGCAACCAAAUCAUAGAUGAGAAGAGGAAUAAUGAAUCCUACGAGAAACUGCUCAAAACCUUUGAAAUGAUCCAUAUUGAUAACAUGGAAGUUCUCAAGGCCCUGAUUUAUGCCGGGGAUGAUCAACCACCUCUCUUUGAUGGUUCUUCUAAGACAAGGGCUAAUCUUGACAUUCUAAGGAGGAAAAAUGUGUUAUUGCUAAUAUCAAGCCUAGACAUCUCCCCAGACGAGCUGUCAAUUCUGAAACAAAUCUACAACGAGUCCCGACAACGUGCGACAAGGUCGGACAACCUGUACGAGGUGGUUUGGGUCCCAAUUCUGGAUCGCUCUGUGCAACAGUGGACCGACCAGAUGCAAAAAAAGUUUGAGACCCUACAACACACUAUGCCAUGGUACACAGUGCACCACCCUUCACUGAUCGAUCGUGUGGUGAUUAGGUUCGUGAAGGAGAGGGGGCAUUUUCGUAAUAACCCUAUCCUUGUGGUGUUGGACCCAAAAGGAAGGGUGGCGAGCCCCAAUGCAAUUCACAUGAUGUGGAUUUGGAGGAGCAAUGCUUUGCCUUUCACUAGCUCUCGAGAGAAGAUUUUGUGGGAGGGAGAGACUUGGAAGCUUGACUUGCUUGUGAAUGGUAUUGACCAAACAGUCCUGGAUUGGAUAAGCGAUGAGAAACACAUUUUCGUUUACGGAGGGGAUGACAUCGAGUGGAUUCGAAGAUUCACCAAGACAGCACGAUUCGUUGCCCAAUCGGCUCACAUCCCUCUAGAGAUGGUCUACGUCGGAAAGAGCAGCAUGAAAGAAAAAGUUCGUACAAUCAUCACCGCCAUCACAAAUGAAAAGCUCAGCCACGCAUGGCCAGAGCCCAUGAUAUGGUGCUUCUGGACUCGAUUGGAAAGCAUGUUGUUUUCCAAGAUCCAGAUAGGUCGAAUAGACGGCGACCACGACCCCAUGGUGCAAGAAAUCAUGAAACUGCUGAGCUAUGACAAGAGUACUGGAGGCUGGGCCGUGCUGGGUCGGGGGUCGCAAGUGGUGGUGAAUGGACACGGGACCAAAGUGAUGGAUACUUUGUUGAAGUACGACGUAUGGAAGGAACAUGUGGCCACUAAAGGGUUUGAACGGUCGUUCAAGGAUCAUCACGACAUGCUUCAUGCAACUGAGCACCCGUUUUUCCGGUAUGAGUUUUUGAGAACCAGUACCGGGAGGAUGCCGGAGAGUAUGAAGUGUCCGGAGUGCCUUCGUGCUAUUGAGAUGUCUAUGGCUUUUCUUGCUGCCAUGAUGAAAAUCCUACUGUCACACUCUAAUGAAGGUUAAUUCAAGCUACUUGGCAAUGGCAUGUGUGGUUUUAUCAUUAUUUUUUUCUUUUUGUUUAACAAGAUGAGGC